AUGACCAAAUUCCGCGGCUGCAUCGACAUCCACCGCGGCGUCGUCAAACAGAUCGUCGGCGGCACGCUCUCGGACGCCUCCCCCACCGCCCUCAAAACCAACUACACCUCCCCGCACCCAGCGAGCCACUACGCAGAGCUCUACCGCACGCACUCCGUGACCGGCUGCCACGUGAUCCUGCUGGGGCCCGGGUGCGAGGAGGCGGCGACGAGUGCGCUCGCGGCGUGGCCGGGCGCGCUGCAGGUCGGCGGUGGGGUGAAUGGCGGGAAUGCGGCGGAGUGGGUGCGGAGGGGGGCGGCGCAGGUUGUUGUGACGUCGUGGCUGUUUCCGGGGGGCAGGUUUGAUAUGGGGAGGUUGGAGGAGGUGGGGAGGGAGGUGGGGAGGGAGAGGGUGGUGGUGGAUUUGUCGUGUAGACGCAGGGAGGGACGGUGGGUGGUGGCGAUGGAUAGGUGGCAGACUAUGACGGAUAUGGAGGUGAAUAAAGAAACGCUCGAUAUGUUGUCCGACUACUGCGCUGAGUUCUUGAUCCAUGCUGCGGACGUGGAGGGCCUGUGUAAGGGCAUUGACGAGGAGCUCGUGGAGGCGCUGGGGAAGUGGGUGACGAUCCCGACGACGUACGCCGGAGGUGCGUAUAGCAUUGCGGAUCUGGAGACGGUGGAGAGGUUGUCGGGCGGGAAGGUGGAUCUGACGUAUGGGAGUGCACUGGACAUCUUUGGCGGGGACAAGGUCAAGUUUGAGGACUGUGUGGAGUGGAAUCGGAAGAAGGACGCGGAGGUGGCGGUGUAG